GGGGGCGCUGCCGGAGCCCGCUCCGCCGGGCCAUGGCCAGCACCGGCUCCGCGCCCGGCGGCGCCGGCCCGGGCUCGGGCACGGCGCUGCCCACCCGCUUCCAGGAGACCGAGAAGCUGCUGUCGGCCACGGAGGGCCGGGAGGAGAAGGGCCUCCGCGGCUCCAAAUCCUUCACGGCAGCCUUGCCCGGCGAGACGGAGCGCAACGGGCACGGGCUCGGUUACAAGUCGGUGUCGGUCGGGCACCUGGAGGCGCCGCCGCUGUCGCCGUCCCGGCUGAGCCUGGGCAGAGCCUCGUCCACGGCCACCAGCACGGCGGCCCCGGAGCAGGGCCGCCCUCGGGACUACCUGGUGCUCGCCAUCUUCUCCUGCUUCUGCCCCGUCUGGCCCAUCAACAUCGUGGCUCUCGUCUUCUCCAUCAUGUCGAGGAACAGUGGCCAGCAAGGGGACACGGACGGCGCCCGGCGGCUGGGGCGCAUGGCCAGGCUGCUCAGCAUCGUCUCCAUCGUGCUGGGGACCAUCAUCAUCGUGCUCUACAUUUCACUCAGCGUCAGAGGUUCCUAGAAGAACGUUUCAGCAUGCAAAUACCUUGAAGAGGAGGAAGACAACUUUCCUUUUGGGGUUUUUACUUUCAGCCUUGCAACAAAACAAAAAAAAUUGUCAGAGUGUAGGUGGGCAGCCCUAGACAGGCUGCUCUGGAGCGCCGUCGGAGGGAACGCAUGCUUCGAUUCACCGCCUCUGGGGAAUGAGCCUGGCCGAGGGACGGGAUAAAAACCACCCUGGGGAGCAAUGGGAGAGGCCACUGAGGAGAGGAGAAAGGGGAAAUCCACUACCUCAUUCCCCUCCAGCAGAACUCACGGAGUGGGGAGACAACUAAAGUGCAAGAGGAGGAGAGAGUCUCCAGAAGGAAGCUGGCUUUGGAAGGAAACCACAAGGCGAGAACGGGACGUUUUUGAGGAGUCCUCCUGAGAAUUAUUUUGGCACAAGUCGCUGGAUUUUUGGGGGGUUGUUGGUUUUUAAAUCGCCGAAUUCUCUGUCUCUACAACAAAACAAAGCUCAAACUGCCAUCGGGAGCUGAGAGCUGUUCCACGGAGGAGGAGGGAGAGCAGAGCUGCAGCAGGAGCACGGCUCUGCUCCCGGCGAAACGCAGCCGCCAGAGCUGGAGGACGUGGUGGGUGCUUUUGUAUUUUUGAUGAAAAAAAAAAAAGAAAAAAAAAAAAAGAGAAAAAAAAGAGACAAUGACCAUUUGCAUGCCUUUGGGAAUGUUCUCCAUGUCUGUUCCUACGAGCUGUUUUAUCACUUAGGGCAGAUCUCAGAGCUGGCAGAGGAGGAUGUUGCUGCAUGAGUACCCCGGACUCCUCCUCACCCCCAUCCCGUGGUGGGCUUUUUAAAGGAAGGCAAAAUCAGGCAUUCCCUGUGCACCCAGAGGGAGGUUAACACCCCUGGCACUGAGACAAGAGCCUGGUUAAUGCCCAGCAGCAGCACCAGGGCACGGAGAGCCCCUUCUGCCCACUCACACCCCGAUGUCACGGCACGCAGAGGCUUCAGCGUGGUCCAGCCCCCACCACUGCCAGUGCUCAUCCCCCCGACCCUCUGGGGCUUCAGCUUAGGGCCUUCCAGGAGAUUUCCAGGGGCAUGGAGGAGUUUUAGGCUCCUGCUCCUCUCCUUGCACCCCUCACACGGCUCUUCUGCAGCUCUGAAAAUCCCCGGAGCUGCCUGGGGUGUCAGUUCUGCGAGUCGUCGUAUUGUUUUUUAAUGUUUUGUAUGUAACACAACAAGAAAACAGACUCUGCUCCUCCCGCUGUGUCUGUAGGUACCACAGGCCCUGCCAUGUCUUCCACAGCCCACAGAUCCCUCAGCCCAUCCCGUGGGACCCAAUCCCCUGGAGGCUCCAGCAGCCCCAGCCUUCUCCUCCCCACUCUGCCCUCAUUGCUGGGGGGACUCUCUGGGCUUGGCCCUCUACCCACCCUCCCAGACUAUGCAAAUCUCCACUGCCUGUUGUUUCAGCCAGGCUUUGUCACUUGUGGCCACGUCCAUUGGCUCCCUGAGUCUCUUUGAUCCAAACUUUGGGGACGCAGCACCAAGAGCUGCACUGCCCGACCUUUCUGUGCUCUCCAGCUGACACCCUGUGACCUGAAAGCAUGGACUGGCUGAGAAAUGCUGUCCUGCAGGGCACUUCUGCUCCCUGACCCCAAUCUCCUGAAAAACACCCCAAAUUUAGAGCAAAUUCAAUGCUUCCCAGGGCUUGUCUACAUGGAGAAUGCACCAAAAGAAACCUCACACCAUGGGAACUGCUUGGCACUGACUCCUGGGCUCUGAGUGGGCACAUGGCUUAGCCCAGGGUAGGGGUGGGGUGUAAAUCCACGCUGUAGUUACUCUGUAGUAACUAAUGUGCAAAGCCACGGGCAUCUCUGUGAAAAUUCUCCUGUCACCUUCUUGAUUGCUCCUCUUUCAAGUGGUUUUUUUUCUCUAGAUGUUUGAAUCCAGGGGGUGAGAGAGCCAAAUCCCCCAGACACUCUGUCAACGUUUUUCUCUCCCCCAGAGGGAUGCCAGGGGCUCACAGCAAUAGCACACCACUACAGCACUUUCUCAGGCUCCAUUCCCAUCCAGCCCUUUGCCAGCACUCCAUCACAGACUGCUGGCAGCUAAAAUGGACCAAAUCUGCAACUUUUCUUUUGCAAUUUAUCUUUUUUGUGAGUUCAGCAAACAGGGACUGCUGAGCAUUGCUGGGUGGGAGCUCCCUCCUCCAUCCUCUGUCCAGGAACUGCCUCUUUUCCUCCUGAGCCCUUCAGAAACCCUCCCUUGGAUGUUCAAACUUUCAUCUUAUGGCUACUGAAAUCCCAUCAAUUUCCCCAAAUGUUUCCCUCUUUAACUCUUGGACUCAAAAGCUGCUUGCUGGGGAGCACAUGGGGUUUUUUUGGAGCUACAUAAGGGCAGUGCUGCCUGUCCCUGAUUUCCUGCCCUUUGCUCUUGGAGCUGCUGGAAUUCAGCUGAUGGGAAGAGCCCAGGCUCCUCCUUGGGCAGGAAGGGCCUUUUUUCAGGGAAAAGUGCUGGAGGCAGUUCUAGGACUUGAGAGCACUGAGCGUUUAUUAAGUAAGGAUUUAAAUGCUCUUUUAUCAUUGUAUAAAGCCUUUCAUCUAAAGUGCUUCUCUGCAUCCAAAGGAUUAAACCCUGCCACCCCCCACGAGGUGGGUUCACAUUACUGCUCUAAUUGCAGGGAUGGCAAAUGCUCAGGCACUCCCAAACCAACCCCCUUUCCUUCCUCCUCCUUGAAGAUCCAUCUAUGAGCACAGAUUUCCUUGGAAUAUGGGGUUUUUGGGUUUUUUUUUUCCAGUGGGAUCUAAACAAACUGUGCCCCACUGUGGUUCCAGGUGGGAUUCCUGCAGCCAGAGGAGGAGGGGGCUUUGUGAGGCAGCUGCAGUGCUCCUGCCAGGAGAAGUCCCAGGCCAGGGCAGCACUGGGCAGUGGAGGCACCAGGAUUCCCCUGGAUGCAGGAGAAGGCAGAAGAUUUCCCCAAAAGCCCCAGGGUGAUGAUUUGUUUGUGCAUCCUGUCUCCUUGGAAGGCAUGGGUGAUGUUUUGCUUCUCACCUCACUAUUAAGUCUAACAAAAGAGAAGAACUAAGACACUUUAAUCCCUUUAAUUCUAAAAUCUUCCUGACUAGAUACAGUUGUACUGCACCCUUGAACUCAGAUUUUUUUUUUAUCUUAUCCUGCAUUUAAAUCCAGAGGAAAGCUUCUACAGUUAUCCCUGACAAAAUAUUUACUCUGCUUGUAACCUGCCUCUGCAGUGCUGGAGGAAUUAACUCUCCAGGGACACCCAGAGAGUCCCUUUCUCUCUCUGCUCCCCCACCAACUUCUCCACACAUUUUGCAGCCUGUUUUGCAAAGUUUUUGCCUCUUUGCUCUCCCCAUCCCCCACGGUUUUAUCCCCUCUGUGGCUCUUUUUGGGUGGAAUUUCCUGAUAUUUGUGAAGGAGGAGGCUGCAGAGCCCCCAGCCCUUGGCACACACUCUCCUGGGCAGGGUUACAGUGAGGGUGAUGAUGGCAGAACUUCACCCCGAGGCCACCAGGCACAGUCACCCCUUGAGAACGUCCCCCUUAAGGGAACUGUCCUUAUCUCAGCUUUCAGCACACGGCAGGGCAGCCACCAAAGCUGUGCCACGAGCCCUUUCCCCCCCAGCCCCACCCAGCAGCCCAGUUUCUCAUCCCCCAGCUCUUUGCCACCUGCUGCAGCCUCCUCUGAGCACACACAUCAGAAUUCUCCGUGUUUGCAGCUAAAACAGGCACAAAAUCCUGGCCAACCUCUCCCCCCUGGUGAAGGAAAGGUGAGGGCACCGUGACAAUCCAGCUCUACCUGCCAGGGAAGCUGAGCUGGUGGGAGGAGAGCUCUGAGGGGAUGGAGAAGGUGGGGAUGUCUCUAAAUGCAAGCUGGAGUGGGAGUUCCCAUCCACAAGUGUGUCAGGUCCUGGUGGGGUGGAAAUCCACGGGAAGGAUUCUCCCAGCAGAGCUGGGGCUGCUGGCACCUCCCUGGCACUGCUGUCCUGGAUUCUUUGCCAGGGUUUGGGGCAGAGCUGGGCUCUGGGGUGCCCCAGAAGGGCUGCUGGCUGCUGGAUUGAAGCUUCAAGCUGAACCAGCAGCAACCUUGGCUUGGUUUUGGAGCAGCCCUGGUGGGAUGCAGUGAGCCAGGGCCAGGGAAGGGUGGGGUCAGACCCCAAAGGGAUCUGAGCAGCACCAGGGGGAAGAAAUCCACCAAAGUUUGCUGUGUUCAGGAUGGGUUUGGUUUUCCUGUUCCAGUUCCCUGCUGUGUCCCUGCUCUGUGCUGGUUUUGGUGCCUCCAGAGCUCUCCUGGUCCCACAGCUUCUCCUCCCUCCCCGUGUCCCUCCUUUCUCCAGGACAGCUCUGGCUGUGCUGAGAUCUCAGCUCGGGGCUCAGGCAGCUCUGAGCCAGCCCCAGCCCCACACAGAAUUCUCCAUGUAGACAGAGGGAGCAGCUCCUGCCUGUUCUGGGAAAUGGAAUCCCCGUUUCUGCUCACCUGAGCCCCGGGAGGCUGCAGGAGGCACCCCCAGGCUGGGCUCACCCUGUCCCUUUGUCACAAACCACAGCCAGGGCUGCCCUUUCAGCUGAAAUUAUCCCCAUUUAAGCUCGUUUUCCUUUCCUUGCCUUUAAUUUUGGCAAAAACCAGUCAGGUUUGGACUGAAAAACUCCCCUGCUUGGGCACAGUCCGAGGGGGGCGGGGGGACAGGAGCCUUUUCAAAGUGGGAAUAUUUGUAAAGCAUUUGCUGACACCAGUAGGUAGCAAAAUUCCAACCUAUAAAUACCCAUCCAGGAUAAGAAACGUCAGAAAGGGAGCGUGUGCAGGAUUCACCAAGGCAGCCCUGCUGCCACCUGGGAGCCCUUGGAAGGUGCCAGGAUUUGAUCCUUGGCAUGGAAGUGCAGGGUCCAUCCCCCCACUGGGAGAGCCACAGCUCACACACAGCAUGAACACACCAGGAAUUGCAGCUGGGUGCUUCUCUUUGCUGACAAAUGUUUCUUUUUCUGCAGGAUGGUAUGGUAUAUCUUAUAUACUUUCUUUGUAUUUCUUGGCAUGAGAAAAAAAAAAUUAAAAUGUAACAUGCAUGGUCAAAGCUGAA